AUGACACGCCGACUUGUUCGAGCGGGCGUGCAGCUCGCUAUCUUCGCAUCUUUCAUCGCUCUCCUCGUCGUGACCUUGGACAACAGGUUCCGUGUCCUUCCUGCCUCCAUCCACGGCCAUCUUCCAUCCCACUAUGCUGGCUACGCCAUUACCGAUGUCACUGUUGUGACUUGUUCUUCCAUCAACGUCUUUUCGAACUGUCAACCAAGCCAGGAGUCCUGGUCACAGAUCGAGAAAGACCUUUACCUUCGCACCGGUUGGACCUCGAGCGCAUUUGUUCGAUUUGAGCGAAAGAAAGAGGAGGAACUGCUUCCUACAGACAAGGUUGUUAUUGACCUUAAGAUCAGCCGACUUGUUCCCGAGUAUUCGGAGGAUCCUGAGGCACAAGGAGAGACAUGGGAGCAGAGACCCGGUGGUAUCUGGCUGAAGCGAACCGCUAAGCGCCACGCAAGUGAUUCGGGGAAAGCAAUCACCGCUAUCGAUGUUCUCUUCGGUGCCGAUGCAGUCGAUCCGCGAAUUGGCUGGGAAGUUAGGGAUACUCCACUGCUACUGGAUAGCAGGACGGAAGAACUGGAAACUCGAAUCAGCGUUCGUCGGGGAGAUCCCCCCAAAACGAAGAAGCCAGUGCCCAGGAUAAACGAAAAUGGGCGCUUCAAGAUCAUGCAGCUGGCUGACUUGCAUCUGAGCACCGGCUUAGGGGCUUGCCGUGACCCCGUCCCGGCUGAACCCGUCCCAGGACAGAAGUGUGAAGCCGAUCCUCGGACGCUAGAAUUCGUGGAAAGGCUCCUAGACGAAGAGCAGCCUGAUUUUGUUGUAUUAAGCGGCGACCAGGUCAAUGGUGAGACUUCUAGAGAUGCUCAGAGUGCUCUUUUCAAGUCUGUUAAACUGCUUGUUGAUCGCAAAAUACCCUACGCGGCCAUUUUCGGCAACCAUGAUGACGAAGGUAACCUGAAGCGGCCGGAACUCAUGACUAUUUUGGAGGAUCUGCCGUACUCUUUAUCAACUGCCGGCCCCGAGGAGAUCGACGGAGUCGGAAAUUAUUAUGUUGAGAUUCUUGGCCGCGGAAGCACCACCCACUCCGCGCUAACCCUCUACCUUCUGGACUCUCACUCGUACUCUCCUGAUGAACGGCAGUUCCGCGGGUAUGACUGGAUCAAGCCGAGUCAAAUUCGGUGGUUCAAGAACACUGCCCAGGGGUUGAAGACGAAGCACCAUGAAUACACCCACAUGCACAUGAACAUGGCAUUCAUUCACAUUCCGUUGCCAGAAUAUCGUGAUCCCAACAACUAUUACCGAGGUAACUGGACCGAAAUUCCAACAGCGCCAGGCUUUAACUCGGGCUUUAAGGAUGCCCUUGAAGAAGAGGGUAUCCUGUUUGUGAGCUGUGGACAUGAUCAUGUCAAUGACUAUUGCAUGCUCAAUCGGGAUAACGAGGAAAAGCCUUCCCUUUGGAUGUGCUAUGGAGGAGGCGCUGGUUUCGGCGGGUACGGAGGAUACGGGGGUUAUGUGCGCCGCGUGCGCUUCUAUGACUUUGACAUGAACCCUGGCCGUGUGGUGACAUACAAGCGGCUGGAGUAUGGCGAGACGGAAGCAAAAAUUGACGAGAUGAUGAUUAUCGACGGUGGCAUUGUCAAAGGGCCUGAACAAGAAGAGUGA